AAGACAUGAUUUUGUUUCAGUCAUGCUACUCAGUUUCACUGCCUCCUGUGACUCACACUAUGUUUGCGUUCUGUGUUUGGAAUCUGUUUUCUGCCAUUUUUAAGACUGCCAGUCUGCAGGCAAACGUUGAGAGCAGAAAUGCCAGCCAGGAUGAAAUUAUUGGGAGCAAAACAGUCCAUAAUUCUAUUUAUUAUGCUCAAAUUGGUUCAAGGUUUUGAGAACUCUUGGACAAAAUGCGAUAAAUGUGAUGAGCAACAUUUUUGCAACUGUUCCUCAAAACAUCUCCAACAGGUCCCAAAAGUUCCAGUGAAUGCUGUUGGCCUCGAUCUGUCUUUCAAUCAAAUUGAGUCAAUUGACUCAAAUGAACUCAGCCUAUAUAGUGAGCUGAAAAACCUAAACCUGCAUAUGAACAAGCUCAAGUUUAUUCAUGAAGAAGCUUUCAACUCUCAACAUAAGCUGGAAGUUCUUGAUCUGUCCUUAAACAACCUGAAAAAUCUAUCUUCAUCUUGGUUCCAUGAUCUAAAAUCUCUUCAACAUUUGAACCUUUUAGGAAAUCCAUACACCACCCUCGGGCCUGCUCCUCUCUUUUGGUCUCUGUCAAACUUGAGGACACUGCAAUUUGGUAGUCCUUCACUGAGGAAGGUAUACAUGAAUUGCUUAGACGGGCUCACUCAUCUGGAUGGGAUUACAUUUGUUGGUAGUAACCUGAGGUCAUAUGAGAAUGGUAGCUUUAGAGCAGCCCGACCCAUUGGUUUAGUCUCUGUGAGCCUUCAAGAUCUCUUUCAGAAAGAUCCAGAACUUGUCUCUAAGAUUCUUAGAGAUGUAUCCCACCCUGAAACUGUGCUUAUUAUUAAAGAUGUCAUACUCAGAACAAACACUUCAGUGGAACCCUUCAAAGAGCUGAAAGAAGGGGGCACUACGAGUUUGACUUUGCUGAAUAGCGCCACUACAGACGAAGCUGUCACCUCUUUCUUGUUCAUCAUGAAUGGUUCUGCACUGUCUUACAUUGGUUUUGAAGAUGUACAUUUAGUUGGUAAAGGGUGGUGGCAGAAAGCUACAUCCACAGAUUAUAAAAGCUUGCAUACUGCCUACAUACGUAAUCUUGACAUCCAAGGCUUCUUCGAGUUUAGCAGCAUGGUCCAAUUGGCAUUCCUCUUAGAGCAUCUUCACAAGGUGUCUGUGAUCAAUGGCACAGUUUUUGUGAUUCCUCAUAUAACUUCUGUCUUUUUGAAAAACAUUGAGUACUUGGACCUUAGCAAUAAUCUACUGUCAGACCUGACAAUUAAGGAGACCUUGUAUACUGGUCAAGGGGUGUUUCAAAACCUCAACACACUCAACGUGAGCCAGAACUCUUUAAAAACUUUUGGGCUGAUAACAAGUCUGGUGGCCAAACUGAAGAGCCUUAUAUAUUUGGACAUAAGUCACAAUAGCUUUGUUUCUAUGCCGGAGGAGUGUAUGUGGCCAGCAACUCUCAGGUUUCUGAACCUUUCAAGUAUAAAGCUACGUAAGUUGACCCCUUGCUUGCCUUCUAGCUUGACAGUCCUGGAUCUCAGUGAAAAUGAUCUUACCGUGUUCCAUCAAAGAUUUCCUAAGCUUACUAAGCUUAUACUGUCAGGCAACAGAUUUAUGAAACUGCCAGAGGGGGAAUUAUUUCUGAGCUUGAAGACGCUGCUCAUCCAAAGGAACGCCUUGCAUAUGUUCAACGGGAAAGCUCUGAGACGUUACAAAAACCUGAAAUACUUGGAGGCGGGUCAAAACAAUUUUGUGUGCUCCUGUGAGUUUGUGGCUUUUUUCAGACAGGAUGUUGAUUAUUUCGUUACCCUACAGGAUGGUCAUCAUAAUUAUGUCUGUGACACUCCAUUUACUCUCAGGGGUGAUACUAUCGACCGUGUCAAAUUAUCAGUCUUUGAAUGCUAUAUGAUUCCCGCUGUCUCAGUGCUGUGUUCAGUGACUGUCUUAGUGCUUGGACUUAUUGUUGUUACCUGUCACAAGCUCCAUGUUGUAUGGUACCUGCAGAUGACUAAAGCAUGGAUACAAGCAAAACGAAAACCAGCAGUUGGUCGAUCAGCUACAGAAAUACGCUAUGACGCUUUUGUAUCUUACAGUCAACAUGAUGCUGAGUGGGUCGAGGAGAUCCUAGUUCCAGAGCUAGAAAGUGCUCAUCCUCCCUUUGCACUCUGUUUGCACAAACGUGACUUCAGGCCAGGACGCUGGAUUGUGGAUAACAUAAUUGACUCAAUUGAGAAGAGCCAUCGGACCCUAUUUGUUCUGUCUGAGCACUUUGUGUCCAGCGAAUGGUGCCGCUACGAACUGGACUUUUCACAUUUCCGCAUUGUCGAUGAGCACAACGAUUCUGCUGUCUUGAUUCUUCUAGAGCCAAUCAAGAAGGAGACGAUUCCCAAGCGUUUCUGCAAGCUGAGGAAGAUUAUGAACUCCAGGACGUAUUUGGAGUGGCCCGAAGAUGAGGAAAAGAAAUCAGAGUUCUGGAGAAAUCUAAGAGUCGCCCUAAGGAGAGACGAAUGUUGAAGAGUAAAAACGUGAUAAUGCAUUUCCUAAAUCUAAAAAAGAAAAUCAUCACUGUUGAUCAACUGUUUUGAUUUGAUUGAGUUGACCUAAUUUUAACUGCUUGCUUCUUAUUGUAUUGGUUAACUUUCUGCCUGGAGUUGGACAAUUCUCUUAACCCCUGUCUGUUAUUGGUAAUAAACCACAUCAGAGUACUAACACCACUGUGAACAUACAAUGGUUUGAGGUUAAAUAUUGAUGGGAAGUACAAUAAUACACUGAAAAAUAUAAACAUUUCAGGCCAUAUGUGGUGGCCAGAUAGUAUUUGUGGAAUUUGUGAGCUGUUAAAUAGGAGGUUAUCUAAUUGUAAUUUAAUGUAUGGUACUGUCUCUUAAAUGACAAUUGUAUGACUGAUGUUUAACCAAAGUAUAAUGUUUUAAAAAUCAAUUACGUAAAUAACAUAAUAGUUUCUGUUUGUUACUUUGAACCUUUACAUUGCAACACUCCACAUAAUGAACUGUCAUAAAGCCAAUCCAAAUUUUUUACUGUAUACUGUAUGACCUUGUGACUUCCUUUUACAAAAUCAUCAUUUUAUUUUAGAUGUAUAUAAGGUCUCUCAUUUUUAGUAUGUUGCCUUUAUAUGUUGGCCUGUUCUGGCUGAGGCCAGCUUAGGCAUAACCAUUAAGUGAUAUCCAAUAAAAUGAUUACAGUUUGUGGCUAAAACAUAUUUGUUAAUGUUUUUCAUACAAUAGGCCUAUGUAGGUU